AUGAUGGCUCUCCCACGAUACCAGACAAACACACCCCUCGACCCAUCCUUUGAGGAUGAUAUCCGCAACACACACCUUGUCUACGAUUACAACGCUACAGACGCGGAAGGCAACCCAGAAAAAUGGCGUUAUGAGAUCUGGUUCUUUUCUGAAGACCGUGUCGUUUAUGCCAUCCACGGUGGCCCCAUGGCCGGCCGUAUCAACUAUCAAACCGCCGCAUAUCAGUGUGUACGACCAGGAGAGCUCUGGCAGAUCAACUGGCUAGAGGAGACAGGGACCAUUGUGUCCUUGGUUUACGAUAUUACGAGCAAGAAAGUCAACGGCAUGCUAGGGUUCUCGAAAGGACACUGGGAGCACGCGGAGGAGGCACAUGGUGAUAAGAGGAACCCCGAGGAUUUUGAGCGUUGGAAGGGACUAGCUGCGAUUGGAAAGCAGACGGAUAGAUUUAUUUUGACGGAGCAGGCUAAUAUUUUGGAAGUCUUCAAGGGUGAGGGCGGGUUGGUGCCCAUCACUCCAGACGCCCCGACCUUGUAA